AUGGUGGCGGAGGGGUUGACCUCGAUCACCCCUGAUGGGGACACGCUGCGAGUCAGGGAGGUUUGGAGCGACAACUUAGACCAGGAGUUCGAGAUCAUCCGGGACGUUGUUGACCGCUAUCCUUACCUUGCAAUGGACACGGAGUUCCCCGGUGUCGUCGUCAAGCCCGUUGGGAACUUCAGAACGAACGGCGAGUUCACUUACGCGAAAUUGAGGACAAAUGUCGACCUGCUGAAAAUCAUUCAGCUGGGACUGACAUUCACGGACGACAAGGGCAACCUGCCGGUGCACGACGGUGAGCUGUGUGCAUGGCAGUUCAACUUCAGGGAGUUCAAGCUGUCAGAGGACCUGUACGCGUCGGACUCAAUCGAUCUGCUCAGGGAGUCGGGGAUUGAUUUCGACGAGAUCAAUCGGCGCGGAAUCGAAGUCAAGAGGUUCGCGGAGCUGCUCAUGACGUCUGGAAUCGUCUUGAAUGCAAACAUUCGAUGGGUGACCUUUCACUCGAGUUACGACUUCGGGUACCUCCUCAAGCUCCUAACGUGCGACAAUCUCCCGGAGCAAGAAUCGGACUUCUUCGAGCUCUUCCACAUCUUCUUCCCCACCGUGUACGACAUCAAGUAUCUCAUGAAGUUCUGUGGCAACCUACACGGAGGUUUGAACAGGCUCGCUGAGCAGCUGGAGGUGGGCCGCAUAGGCCCUCAACACCAGGCCGGUUCCGACUCACUGCUCACAGCCACAGCCUUUACGAAACUGGUUGCGGACUACUUCACUUCCGGAGAUGGUGACGACAUUCUCACGGUUCAUCGAGGUGUGUUGUACGGGCUGGGCUCCGACGCAUCUAGCGACCUGUAUCGCGACGAAUAG